AUGGCUGCAGCUCCUCAAGCACCAGGGAGGGGAUCUGUUCGGAAGACCAGACCUUUAGUCAUAAAGACCUCACUGAAUAACCCAUAUACUAUCUGCUGGAGUACUCUGGAGAGAGAAGAUAUGCACUUCAUAUUGCAGACACUUGAAGACAGAUUUAAAUAUAUCGGACUUCAGAAGAUUGAAGAUAAGAAGAAAAAGAAAAAACAGCCUUUGCUCAACAAACAAAGCAGAGAAAAAUGUAACACAGAUGUUGAUAUUAAUGAGGAUCUGAAAGAGAAAAAAACAGAUGAUAACGAGCAGGUGUCAGGGUGGACUCCUGUGCAUGCCAGGAAACAGCUUGCCAUUGGAGUUAAUGAAGUGACCAGAGCCCUGGAAAGGAAUGACCUGCUUUUAGUCUUAGUGUGUAAGUCAGUCAAGCCUGCCAUCAUCACCUCACACUUGAUUCAGUUAAGUUUAAGCAGGACUGUCCCUGCUUGCCAGGUUCCCCGUCUUAGUGAGAGGAUUGCACCUGUUAUUGGCUUAAAAUGUGUCCUAGCCUUGGGGUUCAGAAAGAAUACCACUGACUUUACUGAUGAAAUAAAGGCUAUAAUUCCCAGAGUACCCAGUUUACAUGUACCAUGGCUUCAUGAUGUAAUUGAAGACUCAAGGGAAAAGCCAGAGAGUGAAUCUUUGGAAAGGCAAGACAAAGAGAUUAUGGAAACUUCAUAUGAAGACCUCUCUAAACAGAAGAGGAAACUGGCUGAAGGUCAGCAGGCUUCUGCUAUAGGGUUACAACCCCUAAAAAUAAAGAAACUAAUCCCAAACCCGAGUAAGAUAAGGAAACCACCCAAAAGUAAAAAAACUGCUUCGAAGUAA